AGCGCAGGGCGCCCGGCGGGGCCGUGCGGGCGGAGGCGCGGCGUCGGGGGCUGAGGGGACGCCGCGCCGGGAACCCCAUGGAAAAGGCAGAAAAUCUUAACAAAGCUGGACUACGCGAAGUGAGACCGAAUUGGCAAGGCUGCUUUGAUGAGGGGAUAAUACACAUUCCGUUUCUUCCCUUGGUUUUUCAGGCAGCAGGGAUGCGAGGAGCAGCUGCUGUGACACCCCCGGAUGUCCUGUGAGUCUCCCGCCGGGGUCUGAGCGGCAUCACCGGAGGAGCACCGUGCCUGGGAACUGGCGUGCUGCUGUGCGAAGAGCAUGACUGUCUCAUGCCCACCACUGGCCUUUCAGUUCUGUCACAGGAGCCGGCUGCGCUCCUGCCGCAUUCAGCAUUAGCAGAGCAGGCAUUCCUUCCAUGCGCUGUGCAGUUUUUAAAAACAUGGUGCUCCAGUCGUUAAAGAACUGCCUUUGGCUGUCCUGCGUCCUCAGGACACCAAAAGCUUGCUUCUGGAGCACAGCUAGUGGAGGUCUUAUUAUACAAUCUGUUUCUAAUGAUGUUUACCAAAAUCUAGCUGUGGAAGAUUGGAUCCAUGACCACAUGGAUUUAGAGAAGCAACAGGUCCUUUUCCUUUGGAGAAAUUCCCCUGCCGUGGUAAUAGGGAGACAUCAGAAUCCCUGGCAGGAAUGCAACCUCAGGCUAUUGAGGCAAAAAAAUAUAAAACUAGCCAGGAGAAGAAGUGGAGGAGGAACAGUUUAUCACGACUUAGGCAAUGUCAAUUUGACUUUCUUCACAACCAGAAAAAAAUAUGAACGAAUGGAAAACCUGAAGCUCGUUGUGAAGGCACUGAAAGCCUUGCGACCCCAGUUAGAUGUACAUGUCACUGACAGGUAUGACAUCUUGCUAGACAGGCAAUACAAAAUCUCAGGCACUGCUGCAAAGCUGGGAAGGACAAGUGCUUAUCACCACUGUACCUUACUCUGCAAUGCAGAUAAGUUUGUUUUAUCUUCUGUGCUAAAAAGUCCUUUUAAAGGGCUAAAGAGCAAUGCCACUCCUAGCGUGCCUGCCUUGGUGAAAAAUCUCUUUGAAGAGGAUCCUAGUUUAACUUCUGAGAUGCUCCUGGAUGCCAUUGCUAAAGAAUAUGCUGUGCAACACCAGAUAGAUCACCAUAUCACCUUAAUAAAUCCAGCUGAUGAGACUCUGCUUCCUGGAAUUAGUGACAAAACUAAUGAACUACAAACCUGGGAAUGGGUGUAUGGAAAGACACCAAAGUUCAGCGUUAGCACAUGUCUUAACAUGGUCUAUAAAGAUUCCAUUCUUGACGUUAAAGUAAACAUGGAUGUAAAGCAUGGAAGAAUUGAAGUCUGUAACAUUGAUCUGCCAGAGCAGUGGCUGCCACCAGGACUGUACAGUGAACUAGUCAAGAGUCUUACUGGCAGUAAGUUUUGCCCAAAUGAAACCACUACGCUAGUGACAACGUUGCUAAGAGUGUGUCCACAAGAUGAUGAGUUGCACACCAGGUGGAGUCUACUUUGUGAGAAUAUAAUAAGAUUAAUGUGACUUGCAUUUUGAAAAUGAUUGAAACCACUGCUGACAAGACAUCAUUGCUGCUUGAAGCAGGGAAAAUGGUGGGGACAUCCCAAAGUGGCCCUGUAGCAGAGAAGAUACAAAUGGCUGUCACAGAUGGAAUGGGGUAGGUGUAAACUGGUGUUAUGCUGCUGCACUGGAUGCCCCAGCCUGCAUCCUGCUCCUUGUGGACAGUAGCCCAAAGGCUGUGUCACAGCCCCUGAGCUGUGUGGAGAGGUGUGUUCCCUGGUUUCUGAUUCAAAGUUCUUUCUUGUAGAGUGCUGGUGCCCCUGUGCCUCUGCUGUACAAGCACUGCAGUGAGCUCAGCUCACCACUGUGUAGUGAAUCACUGUAGGUCCAGCCUGAGUUAGGGCUUUGUCCAUGCAUGUGCAAGAGCAGGGGAAGAUUAGCAAGUUCAGUGUGGGGGUUUAUGUGAUGAGGACAGAAGAGGUUAACUGGGAGGCCACACGUGCUUCCUCUGUUCUUGUGCCUGGCACAAAGCUGGGAGUCCCUCCUGCCAUGGGUACUGGUAUCAAAGCUAAACACUCGAAAAUGCAAAUACAGAUCUAGGAGAAAGAGUUUCCUUAUGUUACCACCUAGCAGAUUUUCCCACAAAAGGCAACAAUGAACUGAAAGUGACAGUUUUUUUUGUUAAAUAAUAGCUAUAUAGUAGAUGAUAUAUACCUAUAUAGUAAACCCAUGGAAAAAAGGCUCAAGAUGUAUUUCACUGUUGUUGAAGAAAAAGUGUAAUGCAAUUUUGAUUAGGUCAGAACAGAUACCUGAAAGGAGGCUGUGGCCAGGUGAGGUUUGGGCUCUUCUCCCAGAUAACCAGUGACAGGGCAAGAGGACACAGCCUCAAGCAGCAACAGGAGAAGUUUAAGCUGGGCAUUAGGAAAUAAUUGUUCACAGAAAGAGUGAUUGGGCAUUGGAAUGGCUGCCCAGGGAGGUGUUGGAGUCACCUUCCCUGGAGGUGUUUAAGAAGACUGGAUGUGGCACUCAGUGCCAUGCUCUAGUUGACAAGGUGAUGCUAGGUCACAGGUAAGACUUGAUGAUCUCAAAGGUCUUCUCCAGCCUAGUUAAUUCUGUGAUUCUCUACAUUUGAAAUUGCUGGACUAGGUUAAAAAACACAAAGCUUCACAUAUGGGAAAUUACUGUAUUUACAGUGAGCCUUCUCCAGAAUAUGGCUGGAUCUAUGAGGCAUUACACAGCUUCCUUGAAUUUCCUGAUGUUGUGAAGAAAUCAAACAGAUUACUAAAGCUACAAAUAAUAAAAAAAUAACCUUUAUUCCCAUAAAAAUAGGCAUAUAUUAUACACAACUGAAUAAAAUUCACAAGUGACUAGAAACUUCGUAUCAGAGCAGCAAACCAGGGAAUUCCUAUGGAAUGUUUGGGGGAAUGACUAAUAGCACACAGCUCUGUGGCACAUAUAGUAAUCAUUUUGCUGAGGCAACACUGCAAAGCUGAAACAUUAUUAUGAGAAAGGAUAAAGAAGGCAGCCCACUGGCUAAUUGUGACCCAGAAAGCAAGGCAAAGACCAGCUCCAUUUCCUAUUGACUGCUGUGGAAUAGAUUUGUUGUUAGAAACAAGAGGAAAAGAAUAGCAGCAUUAGAUGACAGAAGAUGAAAUAAUAAAGUACAUUAAGGGGAAAAAAAAGAUAAUGGAAUA